AUGGACUCGCUGUGGCGGCUGAAGCGGUUCGAUGCCUUCCCCAAGACCCUGGAAGACUUUCGGGUCAAGACGUGCGGGGGCGCGCUGGUGACGGUUGUCAGCGGGCUCAUCAUGGUGCUGCUUUUCUUCUCGGAGCUGCAGUACUACCUCACCAAGGAGGUUCAUCCGGAAUUGUACGUUGACAAAUCAAGGGGAGAUAAACUGAAGAUCAACCUAGAUGUCAUUUUUCCACAUAUGCCUUGUGCUUAUUUGAGCAUCGAUGCCAUGGACGUAGCAGGAGAGCAGCAGCUGGAUGUGGAGCACAAUCUGUUUAAACAACGUUUGGAUAAAGCCGGCAAUCGUGUGACUCCAGAGGCCGAGAGACACGAGCUGGGGAAAGAAGAAGAAAAAGCGUUUGAUCCAAAUUCUUUGGAUGCCGAUCGCUGCGAGAGCUGUUACGGGGCGGAGUCAGAGGACAUUAGGUGUUGUAAUACUUGUGACGAUGUCAGAGAAGCAUACAGGCGGCGAGGCUGGGCCUUCAAGAACCCGGAUAGCAUAGAGCAGUGCAAGAGGGAAGGGUUUAGCCAGAAAAUGCAAGAGCAGAAGAACGAGGGCUGCCAAGUGUAUGGUUUCCUAGAGGUCAACAAGGUAGCUGGAAAUUUCCACUUUGCCCCAGGCAAAAGUUUCCAACAGUCUCAUGUACACGUGCACGCUGUUGAGAUCCAUGAUCUGCAGAGCUUCGGACUUGAUAACAUCAAUAUGACGCACUAUAUCAAACAUCUCUCAUUUGGAAGGGAUUAUCCAGGCAUAGUGAACCCUCUGGAUGGGACGGACGUCACUGCACAGCAAGCUUCCAUGAUGUUUCAGUAUUUUGUCAAAGUGGUCCCCACGGUGUAUAUGAAAGUAGAUGGUGAAGUGGUAAGGACUAACCAGUUUUCAGUCACACGACAUGAGAAGAUAGCCAGCGGGCUACUAGGAGACCAGGGUCUGCCUGGUGUCUUUGUGCUAUAUGAACUUUCGCCCAUGAUGGUGAAGCUGACAGAGAAACACAGGUCCUUUACACACUUUCUGACAGGGGUUUGUGCCAUCGUUGGAGGCAUAUUUACAGUUGCAGGAUUCAUUGACUCCUUGAUCUAUCACUCAGCACGUGCCAUCCAGAAGAAAAUUGAACUUGGGAAGACAACAUAAAUAAGCAACGACCUCACCUCACAAAAAAACCUCUAAGGAGAACUAAACAGGUUUUUUGAAACACAAGUGAUCUUCUGAGUGCACAAGAGAAGAGGUUUGGAAUUACCAGAUGGCCCCAGCUGCUUUUAUGUUACUGUCCCAUCGUUCUUUGUUUGGCAUUAAUUUGUGGAUGGAGCUGCUUGAACCUUGCUGCUAUAAAGAUUAGCCGUCUUGUCUGGCUGUGCAGACCCUACUGUAAAAACCCUUUUGUGUCAGUCCAUAUUCAUACAGUUCCACCUCCCUCCCCAAAAGAGAUGCUGGAGAUACUGCAUUCUUUUUGCCUCCGGGAAUAACGUACUGUGUUGUCAUGAGACCUGGAAUGGAUUGAAGUUGCCAUCAAGCUUUCUAGCAACACCAUCUAGCUUUUUAAAUUUUCUUAAAAAUGUUUCUGAAGGUGCUGAUGCUGUAUGCCAGACCUCUGUGAAAAUGUGCCGAAUCCCAUGCGCUUUCCUUCCAGCUGUCCUGGGCAACGUGGUGAGACCUAGCACUUGGGACAUGCUUACUGUGCCGCAGGGCAUUGCAGUUGCUCCAGAUUGCUCUUCUUACGAAAGAUGCAAGUUGAUGUUUUAGCAAAAAAAGUGUUUGGAGUUUUAAUUGAUUUUUAAAUUGGAUUGUGUUUUUCACUUCCCCUCUGUUUAUAUUUUGAAAUAAAGUCUAUCCUCUGUGUGUUUUGGUAAAGCAUUUGGAAGAAUAAUUAAAUUAUUUGAACUAAUCCUGGUACUGAAUUGGAAAUUAUAAUUAAAAACCACAGCUGCAUUGUGGCAAAGUA